GGAAGUUUUGCUUCUAGAUUGACUUUACCACCUUAACUUUGCCUUCUUUCCCAAGCAAUCAGCUUAACGCUAAACAGUUCCGGAUCCUUCAAUAGCCCAUUCGAAGUAACUUAACACUAAACCAGUGUUGAGGUUUAGAGGGUACAGUUAGAGGAACCUGAUGUGGCUGAAUGAAUGACCUCAAAGGGUAUAAUCUAAUCUCUUUUGUUUUUAAAGAUAUUAAUACCUUUCAAGUAUUGUGAGGGGGAGUAGGAGGCGCCAUGGAGAGCAUGACUCUUCUGAGGUCGUUCACAUUAUCAGUAUCUGUUUCGGGCAGGGCAUUUGCUCGUAACAGAAGGUUUAUCUCAACCAAAGCUGGUAGAUUUCUGUCUGGGCAGAAGAAUCCGAAGCAGUCGGUUAGUGAUAUUAGAAAGGUGGUAUCACACAGCCAAGUUGGUCUAUUAGCAGGAGGAAGAGUAGGAGCUAAGAGGAUUCUAUCUUCUUCAAAGAGGGCUUUUUCUUUUUCAACGCGUGCUGCUAUUGUUACUCCACCACAAUCCCCUCCUUCCGAAGCUAGUCCAGAUGUUGUAAGGGACCUUGGAUUUGAAAAGGUAGAGGAACAAUUCCUAAAUGAAUACAAGUCAACUGCCAUUUUGUACAGGCAUAAGAAAACUGGUGCGGAAGUGAUGUCUGUAUCAAAUGAUGAUGAGAACAAAGUUUUUGGGAUUGUGAUUCGAACUCCACCGAAAGAUUCAACUGGAAUACCACACAUUCUGGAGCAUAGUGUGCUAUGUGGAUCAAGAAAAUAUCCUCUCAAAGAGCCUUUUGUUGAGUUAUUGAAGGGUAGCUUGCAAACUUUCUUGAAUGCAUUCACAUAUCCUGACAGGACAUGCUAUCCAGUUGCCUCAACAAAUCUGAAGGAUUUCUACAAUUUGGUUGAUGUAUACCUGGAUGCGGUCUUCUUUCCAAAAUGUGUAAAUGACCUCCAGACAUUUCAGCAAGAGGGUUGGCACUAUGAGUUGAAUGAUCCUGCUGAAGAUAUUUCUCUUAAAGGUGUUGUGUUCAAUGAAAUGAAAGGUGUCUACUCACAACCUGACAAUGUUUUGGGUCGGAUAUCUCAACAGGCACUGUACCCUGAUAACACGUAUGGUGUUGACAGUGGAGGGGAUCCAGAAGUCAUUCCAAAGCUUACAUUCCAGGAAUUUCAGGAAUUCCACCGCAAAUUUUAUCAUCCUAGCAAUGCAAGAAUAUGGUUUUAUGGUGAUGAUGAUCCAGACAUGCGUCUACGUAUCAUAAGUGCUUACCUGGAUCAGUUUGAUGCAAGUAAUGCUGCGAAGGAAUCAGAAGUAAAAGCACAGAAGUUGUUUUCUGAACCAAAGAGGGUUGCAGAGAAGUAUCCUGUGGGUGAAGCUGGUGAUAUAAAGAAGAAAAAUAUGAUUUGUCUUAACUGGUUACUUUCUGAUGAGCCACUGGACCUGGAGACAGAGCUGGCACUUGGCUUUUUAGAUCAUCUAAUGUUGGGAACCCCUGCAGCCCCACUCAGAAAAACACUUCUGGAGAGUGGUUUAGGAGAUGCCAUUGUUGGAGGUGGACUUGAAGGGGAACUUCUUCAGCCACAAUUUAGUAUUGGUCUUAAAAAUGUUGCUGAGGAUGAUAUAGGACGGGUAGAAGAUCUUAUUUUCUCAACACUAAAGAAGUUGGCUGAUGAAGGUUUUACAUCAGAGGCUGUUGAAGCAUCAAUGAAUACAAUUGAAUUUUCUCUAAGGGAAAAUAACACUGGUUCAUAUCCUCGGGGUUUAUCCUUGAUGCUUCGCUCCAUGGGUAAAUGGCUUUAUGGUAAAGACCCAUUUGAACCUUUGAAAUUUGAAAAGCCCUUGGAGACCCUAAAAGCACGCAUUGCUCAAGAGGGAUCAAAAUCUGUAUUUUCUCCAUUGAUUCAGAAGUUCAUUUUGGAUAAUCCUCAUUGCGUGACAAUUGAAUUGCAGCCGGAUCCAGAAAAAGCUUCUCGAGAUGAGGCUGUUGAACAGGAAAAAUUGAAGCAAAUAAAAUCAUGUAUGAGUGAAGAGGAGCUUGCAAAACUAGUGAAAGCAACGGAGGAGCUCAGAUUAAAGCAGGAGACACCUGAUCCUCCUGAAGCUCUUAAAUGUGUGCCCUGUCUCUCUUUAGAUGAUAUUCCAAAGAAGCCUACACAUGUUCCUACUAUUAUUACUCAAAUUAAAGGAACCAAGGUCCUGCAACAUGAUUUGUUUACAAAUGAUGUGCUUUAUACAGAGGCUGUGUUUGAUAUGCGUCCUUUAAGAUCCAGUCUUCUUCCAUUAGUGCCUUUGUUUUGUCAGUCACUACUGGAGAUGGGUACAAAAGACAUGGAUUUUGUGCAGUUAAAUCAGUUGAUAGGAAGAAAGACGGGAGGGAUUUCAGUUUAUCCAUCCACUUCAUCAGUCAGAGGAAAAGUAGAGCCAGCAAGCCACAUUAUUGUCCGAGGAAAGGCCAUGGCGGGUUGUGUCAAUGAUCUUUUUAACUUGAUUCGCACUAUCCUCUUAGAUGUUCAAUUCUCAGACCAGCAAAGGUUCAAGCAAUUUGUUAUGCAAAGUAAAGCGAGAAUGGAGAAUAAACUGACAGGUAGUGGUCAUGGAAUAGCUGCUGCAAGGCUUGAUGCAAAGCUAAAUGUUGCAGGAUGGGUAAAUGAGCAAAUGGGUGGUCUCAGCUAUAUGGAUUUUCUACAAAAUCUUGAGAAACAAGUGGAGGACGACUGGCCAACAGUGGCAGGUUCACUUGAAGAGAUACGGGACAGUCUAUUUUCAAGGAAAGGGGUACUGAUCAACAUGACAGCUGAUGAGAAGAAUCUUGUAAGUGCAGAGCAGCAUGUGGCAGGUUUUCUCAGCGCCCUUCCUGAUACAAACACUUUGGUGAUCCCUUCCUGGGAUAGUUGCCUACCUCCAAUCAAUGAGGCUCUUCUAAUUCCUACUCAGGUAAACUAUGUUGGAAAAGCAGCAAAUAUCUAUGAAACUGGUUAUAAUCUAAAGGGUAGUGCUUAUGUCAUUUCCAAGUAUAUUGGAAAUACAUGGUUGUGGGAUCGUGUACGUGUUAGCGGUGGUGCAUAUGGAGGAUUUUGUGAUCUAGAUUCACAAUCAGGAGUAUUCUCUUACUUGUCUUAUCGAGAUCCAAACCUACUAAAGACUCUUGAUAUCUAUGAUGGAACUGCCAAGUUCCUCCGAGAACUGGACUUAGAUGCUGAUACUUUGUCAAAAGCCAUAAUUGGCACUAUAGGAGACGUUGAUUCAUAUCAACUACCAGAUGCAAAAGGAUACACCAGCUUGAUGCGAUACUUACUGGGGGUUACAGACGAGGAAAGAGAAAGGAGACGGGAAGAAAUAUUGUCAACCAGUGUGAAGGAUUUCCAUGAAUUUGCUGAUGUACUGGAAGCUGUGAAAGACAAUGGACUUGUUGUUGCAGUUGCAUCUUCCAAUGAUGUUGCUUCAGCUAACCAAGAAAGGCCUAACUUCCUGGUAGAGAAAAAAGUUUUGUAGAAUAGGGUUGGACAUUGUAUUUAUUUCUCCAUUAGUAUUGCAGAAUAUUGAUGCAUGAUCAUCUAUUGAUUUGCAUGAUGGAGCAUCUUGUAAUUUGUUAGCCGAUCAUUGCAAGCAUGGAUAUUACUUGAGACAAAAAAGUUGUCCACGUAAAAAUAUCUCGUUGAUUCUCCAUUUAAUUGAUUAAAUCAUAAUCAACGUUUGUUUAUUUAAAUAAACCCAGAACUGAUAGCAUCUGCUCUUGUCAGAGAAUAUGAAAAGAAUAUGAGAUGACACUAGACAAUGCUAAAACAUAAAACUACAAUACCUAUGAGUAUUUUGGUUUUACUAGAUUUGGAUCAAAUGAGAAAUAAAGUAUUCCAAACAUUCAGAUAAAUAACUAUUGUUCUUCAAAUAUUAUCAAAUUGAAUUCUCAUUAUUCCGAUGGGGAAAUUCUUGACAAGCAGCAUGUCAAGAAUGUUAAUAUUUUAAAUAUGAAAUUCCAUAAAAUGGCAUUAAAAUUUCAAGGGUUCA